AUGCCGGCGCCCACGAGGCUCGCAGCCUGCAAGACUUGCCUCCGGCCAUCUCUGCUGGCGAGCUCGAGCCGAGGCUUCGGCACGACAACUUGUCGAUUGGGCAAAGAUGAACCAUGGCCGCAGAUGACGCCUCUCGGUUCCUAUUACGAGACCAUCCUGCGAAAUCCCAUCUCCUACGCAUCUCACACGGCUGGCAGCAAAGCUGGCACUAGUGCCGGGGCCAGCAAGCCGAGUCACAAGCGCACGGUAUACGGUUCCGGUUCCCCAUCCAACCCGUCGUCCGCACCGUCGGUCUCGUUCAAGUCAGCGGAGACAGCAGAGGAGAAGGAGAAAAAAAUGAGCAUCGUUUUUGGUUCGCGACUCCUCGGACCGGCCGAGCAAGCCGACCGGCUUGCGAAGAAGAAGGCCCAAUCGACCGUCAUCGCAGGUGUUCUCGUGCCGCCGCGGCCGGAGGAGCCGGACAACUGCUGCAUGAGCGGCUGCGUCAACUGCGUCUGGGACCGCUAUCGAGACGAUAUUGAGGAGUGGUCGGCGCAAAAGAACGAGGCGCAAGCUCGUCUGCAGCGGGGCUUAGGCGCCGCCGACUCGGAUCCUGCCUUCAUUCGCGCCGGCGCAGAGGGUGAUGCACAGCGGAGUGCCAGCAUCGGGCCGGCCAAGAUCUCAAAGAACAUGUGGGACGAAGAUAUCCUCCAGAACGUGCCGGUGGGCAUCCGCGAAUUUAUGAAGCAGGAGAAACGACUGAAGGAGAAGCACCUAAGGGAAGGGACAGGGGGAGGCUGA